CUUCACUCUCUUCGAAUUUUGAUCUCUUAGACGCCUUUUAUUUUCGCUCUCUCAAACAGAUAAACAUGAGGGUUCGGUCAUGGCUAGCGAUAAGCACCACCACCGCAAACGACUCUACCGCCCCAUUUCCGAAGAGUCAAAAACAUCUCGUCCCAGACACCAGCAGCUCCUCCGAUAUUACCGGAAGUUACACGUCGAUAAGCGACUCUAGCUACAGUAGCCUACAAAGCAACCUCUCCCUUCAAACGCUGCCCUCUAUUCCUUCCCUCCAAAAAAUCUCCCCAGAAGAUACUGCAAACUUCUCAGCUUCUCACGUUUGCAUAACCUCACUUAAGCCAAGGCCCAAGCUCCCUAUCGGCUGCAUCGCUGUCCACCAAAACCUACUCUACGCCGCCUCCGCUCAUGAAAUCAACGUCUACGAUCGUACCACGUGGACCGUUCUCGAUACAUUUAACAAUGACGAUUCCUCCUCUGGCUCCGUCAAGUCUAUUACUUUCUGCAAUGGGAAAAUCUUCACUGCUCACCAGGACUGCAAGAUCCGAGUGUGGCAGUUAACUCCGAGCAAACGUCACAAUCUCAAAACUACUCUCCCUACUGUUAACGACCGUUUGCGCCGUUGUAUACUUCCGAAGAACUACGUCAACGUCCGCCGUCACAGGAAGAAGCUCUGGAUUGAACAUGCUGACGCCGUAACCGGUCUCACCGUUAAUAACGGUUUGAUCUUUUCGGUUUCUUGGGACAAGAGUUUGAAAAUAUGGCAGGCCUCUGAUCUCCGUUGUUCAGAGUCUGUUAAAGCGCACGAGGACGCCAUCAACGCCGUGGCGGUUUCCGCUGACGGAGCCGUUUACACGGGAUCCGCUGACAAGCGGAUUCGGGUUUGGGCCAAAGCUUUUAACGAAAAGCGGUACGGGUUGAUGGCAACUCUAGAGAAGCACAAAUCUGCCGUGAACGCUCUGGCCUUGAGCGACGACGGAUCAGUGUUGUUCUCCGGAGCUUGUGACCGUUCGAUCUUGGUGUGGGAGAAAGAGGACAGUGCGAAUCACAUGGUAGUGACGGGAGCUUUACGAGGUCAUAAUAAAGCGAUUUUGUGUUUGAUCAACGUCUCUGACUUGCUAAUGAGUGGUUCAGCUGAUCAGACAGUCAGGAUUUGGCAGCGAGGUAACGACGGCAGGUACGGCUGUCUGGCGAUUUUGGAAGGUCACAUGAAGCCAGUGAAGACGUUGGCGGCAGUUAGAGAAGAUGACCAGAACGGUACCGUUUCGGUAUUUAGUGGCAGUCUGGAUGGUGAGAUCAAGGUGUGGCAGGUGUCGAUGUCGAAACCCAGCAGCCCGUUGGAUUUGCAAAAAUGGAAAUUAUAAUAUAAGAACAAUAAUAUGAAAAUAUAGUAUUGAGUUACAGGUUUUUCUCCUUUACAUUUUUUGAUUUGAUUGGGAGAUUUUACCAACCAUGUAUUUUUAAUUUGUUAAUUCGUGGUUUGUUUAGUGAAAAUUAUGUUUGAAGUAACGUGAUGGCUAAUGUUUAUGGUUGAUUCUUUGUACAUUA